CUCUUUGUUAUUUUGUCUGCAGAUUUUGGCCCGUUGUGCAAAAGGAAUGAUUAUUCAGUGGUCUGUGGUCGUAUAUGAAUAAUUAGCAUGCCAUUUCAAAGAGGGGAUAUGUGGCUUCCUGGAAAACUAAAUGAAAUUGAUGUAAUCAUCACUGGUUUUGUGAUUUUGCAAUGUCUUUGUUUGUUGCGUUUCUUUGGGACGCAUUGUAUUUCUCCUGAAAAAGGUAAACAAUUUUGAAUUUAGCAGCCCUCUUGAAAGCCCUUCUUGAGCAGAGCACAUGGAAUCAGCAAAUAAAAGCUUAGUAAAAUCUGACAAUACCGAUAUUUAAGUGUUAUAAAUGUUUUUUUUACCAAAAUAGCAACUUUUCAAGACAAAAAUUUGGAGCAAAUUCAAUAUUCUGGUAUUCAAGUUAUGAAAAAUUACAUUUUUUUGAAAAAUCACGGGCGCUUGAAAUUAGGUGACCAUCGAUUUCUUUUUGAACAGAAAUCCUCAUUCUCUAAGACAUCGGUAUAUAAAGAAUUUGGCGGCCAUUAUAUUGGAAACUUGUUUUCAUGCAGAGGUCUUAUAAGGCAUUAGCCUCUUAAAUGUGAAUCUGGUCUGUCGACCGAUAUUGAUAUUAUCACCUAGGCAGACGAACGGACAAAAGAAAAGACGGACGGACAGAUGGACGACUUCUCUAUAUUCUCCUCGAACUUUCUUCGGGGAAUAAUAAAUAUGGCGUCUGACUGUAUGCGAAGCAAACUUGUGAAUAGGUAUUGGGUGUAUGGUAAGGAUUACUACAAAGAUGGUUUUAUGCCUUACCCUCACUAUCAUCCCGCAGGAUACUCCGAUGAAUGUAAAAAUCUUGAAAUACGAGAUGAUGACAUAUUCUUCACUGGCUUUCCGAGAUCAGGGACCCACAUUGGUGUAGAGCUAAUACAAAGUGUGCAGAAUGUUGGCAACAAGGACUUCCUCAAGAAACACAUCCACGACCGUGUGGAAAUGGUUCACAUAUCUAAAGAUGUUAUGACAGGAAAGGUUUCCCUUUUGGAAUAUGGUGAAAAUCCACUUCCAAGAUUAUCUGCUCAGCCUUCACCUCGAUUUCUAUUCGGUCCACACCUACCCUAUGAAUUUUGCCCAUUGGGUAUACAGCAAGGAAAUUGCAAGGAUUGUCACAAAGUAGUGAAAGAAGUGGCCAACUUUCUCGGAAAAGCAUUGACUGAGGAACAAGUUUCGGAUAUUACUGACCAUGUUAAAUUUGACAAGAUCAAAGAGAACCCAGCUUUUGGAAAAGCAUUUGAAAAUUUAAAAGAUGUAAAGACUGCACAUAUGAGAAAGGGCAAGAUAGACGAUUGGAAGAAUUUCUUUACAGUGGCCCAGAGUGAACAAUUUGAUGAAUUGUACGCUCAGAAAAUGAAAGACACGGACUUCCCCCAGCCGAUUUAUGAAUAG